UGAUGAACAAGUGCUACUACUGUCAUAGGUCUGAACAGUGAAACAGUGCGUAAAAUCGUGGCUUUCAAAGAAAAAAGUAACUACAACGUAUUCAGGAAUGUAAGGAGGGAGUUUGCUAUCGAUCAACAACCAGAUCAUCAUAUUUGUUGCAGAGUCUGAAGCAUCUGGGAGAAGGAGGCGGCUCGAAAACUACGCUGCGGCUGUCAUCUCUGGAACAGGGGGAGAAAUAUCCCAUCCUAAGUGCGAGGCGGACGACGACGAAAUUUGGAGCAGCGGUCGUAGUAUACUUGAAGGAGUCCAAAAUAUUCCUUCCUGCAAGAUUCUCCACUCUCAGUGAUGAAGAAUUGGAAUUUCUGAAUUCCGGAACAGUUGCUAUGAUACAUCGUGGUAGGAAAAAUAGUAUGGAUAUCAUUGACUUUGAAUCUGUUUGAUAAAUACUAAUAUAUGUUUCCUUAUACUAAUAUUACGUAGUUGUUAGCAUAUUGUGAUACUAACCAUGUCUAUUCAAAUACGGAAAGUUUCACCGGAUGGCAAGAUCAAGGAAAUAGAUUUGCAGUCCUUAAAAGACGAUACCUGUGGCACAGAUUUUGAGACAUGACAUUAGUAUUUGCGGUAAAAGUAAUAGGGUGUGGUGAGGAUGUAAAUGCAUAUUCCGAAUUUAAUGGAAAAAUAGUGCAGCUAAUUCAGAGUGCUUUAAACAAGGUGAACAUUUUGCUGCUUUUCAAGUCUAUGACAAAUACGAGUGUACUUAUUACACAGAGUUAUAUGUUACCAAGUUUAAUAAUCUUGUUGAUGCUUACAUCAAAGGGAUUUUGUUUGUAUUGUAUACAAUUUGUUCUCAUAAUGCAUUUAGUUGUCAAUUUGAUUUUCUAAAUGGAGCGGCUUGCCUCAAAACAUGGUUAAAGAGUGGGGAUGUUUCAUUAAUAUAUUCUAAUUGUAAUGUCCUGUUGUCUGCCAUAUACGAUAUUUUGAGAAGCGCUGAAAGUGAAUAAUGACCGAACCAUCGCCAAAGCGCAUUAAGCUGAAUCAUGAUCAUCAGGAAAGUAAUGCUCUGGAAUGGGUUUCGGUUGAAAGUGCGUUCAAAAAUAGAAUAUGUACAGGUGAAAUAUCUAACAGAGGGGGGUUUAAGGACCCAAAAUAUUUCUUGGAUGUAUGUUUCUCUGUCUUUGAGAACAUGGUGCGUAAAAUUAACAAGCCUCUUAAAAUUAAUUUUUCACUCAUUUGCAACUCUGUCCUGCCCAAAUCGGGUGACGUAGAAGAUAAGUACUUAAAUACAAAGAAUUUAAAUCUAUUCUCCUCUGACAUUACCGAAGAGUGGUAUUCAACUAAAAUUAGGGAUGUACCGUUAAAGAAACUGGGGAAAUUUCAAUUGAGAGAUUCAGGUCGGGCGUUGCGUAAUAUAGUAAAACUAUGUAUUAAUGUUAACGAAAACAAAGGGUUUUAUGCAGGACGUCACACGAACCUGCCAAAAGUGAUUGCGAAAAAACGUGCAGUAAUUAACGUUCACUCGAAAGGUAAUGCUUGUUUUAAAUGGGCAAUUCUAGCUGCUUUGUAUCCUGUAAGCAAGAAUGGGCACCGUGUGUCUGCAUAUUUUGCACAUGCAAACAAAUUAAACUUUUCUAAUAUACCGUUUCCUACAGAGCUAAAGCACGUCCAUAUAUUCGAAAAGCAGAAUGAAAGUGUGUCUGUCAAUGUGUACGGUAUAAAGUACUCGGAUUAUGACUGGAUGGUUGUUGAAGGGGGAGAAGUGGAUGAGGAGAGAGAGGGGGCGAGGAGGACGAGGGAAAGGUCGAAAGAUUUCAGAGUUAUACAGGGUGAGGCAGUGAAACGGCACGAUUUCGAUAGUGGUUGUCGGGCGCGGAGGGGGGUUGCGAGAGUGGGGGAAGUGACCUUGGGCGUCUAGAGUGGUGGAAGUUUCAGUAACCAUGGAGCGUUGGUCGAGUGCGCAACGUGCAUAUGCCGUAAAGGCAUAUUACAAAAACGCGGAUAGUGUGGUUGGUGCUCAACGCGCCUUUCGUCGUGAAUUCAACCUGCCGCCACGGGCUCCCGUGCCAUCAAUGAAAGCCAUUCUCCUUUGGGUUAAAACCUUUGAAGCUACUGCUAGCACAACAAAGAAAAGAGGCGGCAGCACAAAAACAAUCCGGACACCCGAGAACAUUAAUCGUGUGCUACCUCAAGUGCAAAGUCUUCCAGGAAAAUCCACCAAGAACAAAAGAAGACCUGAAGGAGCGAAUUCGACAGGAAAUUAACAACAUUCCAGUACAGAUGCUACGAAACGUCAUGGGACAAUUUCAUCUCAGGCUUAGACAAUGUGUGCAAAACCAAGGACGACACCUCACUGACACCAUAUUUAAAAAAUGAUUGUUUUUAAGUUAAAUCUUUAAUUUCCACUCUUGUACUUGAGAUCCAUGUUCAACUAUUAUGAUUUUACUUGUAAAUAAAUCUUUGGUGGUUUUACAAAAUCGUGCCGUUUCACUGCCUCACCCUGUACCACUGCAUAUUACAAAGUAUGAAAGAGAAAAACAUGUAAAUUUAUUAAUGUUGCAGCUAGCACAUACAAAUAUAAAUCAUUUUUAUUAUAUAAAAAGUUUGUCGAAGCUAGCACAUUAUAGCAUUACUGCUCAUCAUAAGUCUGUCGUGAUAUGCCCCCGUUGUCUGUCUUAUUUUCAUUCAAAACAGAAGUUAGAAGCACACUUGCUUGACUGCACGCAGUUUGAGCCAGUCAAUACUAUCAUGCCAAAUGAGCACAAUAAAUAUAUAAAAUUUUCCAAUUUCAGAAACAAGUUAGAGCUGCCUUUUAUAAUAUAUGCGGACACUGAGUGCAUGCUGCAACCAGUUGCUGGCUGCAGUAAAGUAGUAACACUGAACAAAUACAUUUACAUACACCAUUUAGUAUUGCAUAUUACAUACAUUGUGGUUAUAAGGAUGACUAUUCGGAAUUUAAGUUGUAUCGCGGUCGUGACUGCAUGCAGUGGUUCACGAAACAGCUGUAUGCAAUUGCCGAGUAUGUGAAUGGUUUCUUAUUACAAAAUAAAGAGAUGAUAUUACGCCCAGAGGAAGAAUCAGCCUUUCGCUCUGCAAGGAUUUGUCAUAUUUGUAAGGAAGCCUUUGAGGCAGGCGAUUUGAAGCAUCGUGACAUUGCCAUUUUAAGGUGAGUACCGCGGUGCAGCGCAUGCUAGCUGCAAUGUAAACUACAGACCUCAGUUUACAGUGCCUGUCGUAUUCCACAAUCUGUCCAAUUAUGAUAGUCAUUUCGUAAUUACAAAUAUUUGCGAGCAAAUAGUGAAUGAGAACGGGAGGAGGAAAACUAAAUUAAAUCCAGGCCGCGUUUCUAUAUUACCAUCGAAUAUGGAGAAAUACAAAUCUUUCAGGAAGAGCAUUCAAGUAACACACAAAGACCGGCACUGCUACAUAAAUUUCCGAUUUAUAGAUUCAUUUAAUUUUUUAUCAUGGUCGCUAGAAAAGUAUGCAUCUUACCUAAAGCCAGAGGAACUCAGGAUAAUGAGGAAAUACUUUCCUGAUGAUCGUGAAUUUUAUUUAGUCAAUCAGAAGGGUAUAUUUCCAUAAGAGUAUGUGAGUGAUGAGAGUGUUUUACCAGAAGAACUCUUACCUCCGAUUCAGGAAUUUAAAAGUUUGCUGACUGGUGGAAGAACUGUCUCAGAGUGUGAUUAUGAAAGGGCGUGCAAUGUAUGGCACUUGUUCAAGUGCAAGACACUGGGGUAAUACUCCGAUCUUUAUUUAAAAAUUGAUGUGUUAUUGUUAAGCGAUGUUUUUGAAAAUUUAAGAAAUCUCUGCAUUAAAACCUAUGGGUUAGAUCCCGCGCAUUAUGUUACUUCACCUGGAUUGGCUUGGGAUGCAUUAUUGAAAACUACCAAAGCAGAAUUAGAACUCAUUACAGACAUUGAGCAACUUCAAUUCGUCGAACGAGGUAUUAGAGGCGGCAUUGUUCACUGCUCGUGUAGACAUGCUGUGGCAAACAACAGGUUCAUGUCUAAUUAUAAUGAAAAUACUGAUGAAUCCUAUAUUAUUUACCUUGAUGUUUAUAGUCUUUACAGUUGGGCAAUGAUGCAGUACCUCACAAUUUCACAUUUUUCUUGGCUCAACCCUGAAAUUGUUAAAACUUUUGAUGUAAACAACAUACCGGAUGACUGAUAUAGGCUACAUUCUGGAAGUAGAUCUUGAAUAUCCUGAAAACAUCCACGAUAUGCAUUCUGAUCCACCACUAUGUCCUGAGAAAAUGAUACCACCAUCUAGCUGUGUGGUAGGCAAGGCUAGUGCUCCCAAAAAAUUAAUUUCUACUUUGUGUGAUAAGAAAAAUUAUGAAAUUCAUUAUAGAAAUCUCAAACAGUGUUUGCAACAUAAUUUGAAAUUGAGAAAGAUUCGCAGAGUACUGUCAUUCAGACAACUUCCAUGGUUGAAACCAUACAUCGAUAUUAACGCACAGAAACAUAUGGCAGCAAAUAACGAUUUUGAAAAGAAUUUUUUUUAAGCUAAUGAAUAACAGGGUCUUUGGUAAGACAAUGCAAAAUAUACGAAAGUUGAGGGACAUAAAACUAGUAACUUCAUGGGAUGGUAAAUAUGGAGCAUCUGCAAUGAUUGCAAAACCAAAUUUCAAAAGGAGCGUUAUAUUUCAGGAAAAUUUAGUUGGUAUUGAAUUAGACAAACUCAAUGUAGUGUUUGCAAAGCCUAUAUCUGUAGGUAUGGCGAUUUUAGACAUUUCAAAGGUUGACUUUCAUUAUGGGUAUAUACUGAACAAGUUCCCUGUAAAAGAUGUAAAACUGUGUUACACUGAUACCGAUAGUUUCAUUUACCAUAUUAAAACUCAAAAUAUUUAUGAGGAUAUCAAAAGUGAUGUGCAAAAAUGGUUUGAUACUUCAGGUUUUCCUGUUAAUAACAGAUAUAACAUUCCACUUGUGAAUAAAAAGGAGGUUGGACUAUUGAAAGAUGAAUUAAACGGUGAACUUAUUACUGAGUUCAUAGGCCUGAGAGCUAAAAUGUAUGCACUAUAGACAGAAUCACUACGUGUAAUGCAGAGAGCGAAAGGUAUAAAACAGUCUUCAAUUAAAGCAUUGAGCAUCGACGAUUAUCGAGAAUGUAUGUUGAAUUUAGAUGCUAAAUCUUCUGUACAGUAUAUUAUUCAAAGUGUCAUGUGGUAUCCACUGUUAAACAACUAAAGCUUGGUUUGUCUGCACAUGAUGAUAAACGUUUUAUACUGUCAGAUAAGGUGAAUACUUUAGCGUGGGGUCACCACCAACGGGAAAAAAAAAAAACCAUGACAACGUCUGACUAAUUUUAUUGUGUGAAAUACUGUACAUGUGAGUUUGCAACAUAAUUUGAUAUUGAGAAAGAUUCAGAGUACUGUCAUUCAGACAACUUCCAUGUGAGUUUGUAACUGAUUUGUAUAAUAUAUCUGUAACUAAUUGUGUACAUGUGAGUUUGUAACUGAUUUGUAUACAGAAAAUAACAAAACAUUAUACAUUAAUUGUAACUUUUUCUUUGUUGACUGACUGAAAUUAA